AUGAAAACCCCAAGCUGUAGCCAAAAUAUUAUCACUGAUUAUCAACUGCGUGACCCCGGGCCUCGCCAUCAUAUACCUAAAGUUUCAUACGAUCCAAUGUCUCACAUCAAUAUAAUUACAAACGAUUCCACGCAAAAGACUUCAAUCCAGAAAGAUAGUCGGAUUGAGAUGGAAAAAUUUAAACAAGAAUUGUAUUUAGCACCUAUUUCAGAGGAAAAAAUCGAAGUUAUUAGUAGAGAUAAAGAGCCAGGUAUGCCAAUUCACUUUGAAAAUGACAAGCAUACGACUUGGCAAGUUUAUGAUGAAAUCUGGGAUUGUCUUUUUGGCAUCUCAUGGGAAAAUUUUCACAAGCAAACUCAAAGAGCUUACAAGAUUUAUAAAUUAUUUGACAACACAAGAAUAGAAAAAAUCCAACGGGUUAAAUCUUAUAGUACCAACAGGAUAUUAAAAUUCACUAACCCUCAAAUUCAACAUAGUAUAGAUUAUUUUGCCAAUAAAAAGGUUACAAUGAAAUGUCAACCGCGCGACCCCGGUACGUCUAUCGAAUCCCAGAUCACUAACCCUUCUGACUCAAAAAAUUUAUCGGGAGCCAAGGAAAGCACAUUAUCUAUAUCUCAAACCGAAAAGAAAGCUUUCUAG